AUCACGUGAUCUGGCCCCUCGCCUCCUGUAUUGAGCAUCGGCUCUCUUCUGCUCCUCUCACCCGCACACUUAAAGAGCUUCGACUGCAUUUCCACUCAACAGAGACCCGCUGGCUGUAAAACAGCAUCAAACGCCAUUUUCACGAGCAGACAUGGAGCGACCGGACAGCUUUGAGAACCCGUUAGUCAACGAGAUGAAACAUUUCUGCAAGAGGAUACAAGAGGCCUGCAAUGAACUGAAGGAAGAUCUGACACCUUACAAAAACGACCGAUUCUACAGGUUGGCUCCCAUGCGUCUCUACACACUCUCUAAGAGGCACUUUGUUCUUGUUUUUGUGUUUUUCUUCUUCUGUUUCGGCGUCUCCGCCCUCAUCGGUGUGACGGGACCAAAGAUCAUCAGUGAGAAUUACUACAACGGGUUGAGCAUCACUGCUAAUGGGUCAAAGACCGGCCCUUUUCACAUCAAAUCUCAGCCGCUCUCCAACUACAACCAGCAGCUCUGGCUCACCUGCGUCAUUCAGAUUCACAACAACGUUGGAGAUUUCCGGAGGGAUUUUGGGAUGAAUGUGGAGUUACAGGGUGUGAUGCAGGACGCCAGCGUGAUGCGCAUCAGUGACAACGUUCACCAGAAAAACCGAAGCCUUCACUGUAGUGCAGUGAGUUUAUUUCACUCAUCAUCUUUCUGCAGCGUUCGGUUCUUCCUCUGGAUCUGUGUGUGUGUGUGUGUGUGUGUGUGUGUGUGUGUGUGUGUGUGUGUGUUACAGAAUCAGCAGGUGUGUGAUGACAUCAUUGUGUUACAUCUGGGUUACCUGAACUACACACAGUACCACAUUAACAUCAGCUUCAGGAGUCUGGACGAUCUGAAGGACAACAUCAAAAAUGUCACAUUUGUGUUUAAGAUGUACAACGCCACAUUCUCACAGGUGGAAAUCUGGUUCCGCUUUGUGUUUGUUGUGAUGACGUUCAUAGUGACUUGUAUGUUCGCUCAUUCUCUGAGGAAGUUCUCCAUGAGGGAUUGGGGCAUCGAGCAGAAGUGGAUGUCUAUUCUUCUUCCUCUUCUGCUCCUGUAUAACGAUCCCUUCUUCCCGCUGUCGUUCCUGAUGAACAGCUGGUUUCCCGGAACGCUGGACGCUUUCUUCCAGGCGUCGUUCUUGUGUGCGCUGCUUCUCUUCUGGCUGUGUGUGUAUCACGGCAUCAGGGUGCAGGGAGAGAGAAAGUUCUGGACGUUCUACCUGCCAAAACUGGUAAUAGUGGGGCUGCUGUGGCUGUCGGCCGUCACGCUGGGAAUCUGGCAAACAGUGAAUGAGCUUCAGGAUCCCACAUAUCAAUACAAAGUGGACAUCCAGAACUUCCAGGGCAUGAAGAUCCUCUUCCUGCUGGUGGUGGGCUUGUAUGUGCUGUAUCUGGUGUUUCUGGUGGUCCGAGCGUGCUCAGAACUGAAGAACAUGCCGUACACAGACCUGCGGUUGAAGUUUCUGACAGCGCUGACAUUGCUCGUGUUGAUCAUCAGUAUGGUGAUUCUGUACUUGAGGUUCGGCUCCAGGGCCUUGCAGGACAACUUUGUUGCAGAACUCUCCACCCACUAUCAGAAUUCAGCUGAAUUUCUGUCCUUCUACGGCCUCCUGAACUUUUAUCUCUAUACGUUAGCGUUCGUCUAUUCGCCCUCCAAAAACGCUCUGUAUGACUCCCAGCUGAAGGAUAAUCCAGCUUUCUCUAUGCUCAAUGACUCUGAUGAUGAGGUCAUUUACGGGAGCGAUUAUGAAGAAAUGCCUCUUCAAAACGGCCGUGCCAUCAAAGCCACAGCCAAAUACCGCGAUGAGAGUGAUAGCGACUGAUCUGACUUCUGAUUGGAGGAGUGUGAAACUGGUCUGACUCCUGAUUGGUCAGCUCUUGUCAUGUGUAUUUAGCAUCGGGUCUCUUUGGGGAUGUAUAUAGACUCACUGUUGAAAUGAUUCCAGUGUCAUUAUUUACUGUAUGUAAAUAUAUAUAUAUAUAUAUAUAUAUAUGCUGAUCUAUUUUUAAAGAGAAAGUAAUGUGUGUUUGCAAGUGACUCCAGCUAAAUGUGCUCCCGUCGCUCUGCUGAUGACGUUCUGUGUUUGGUUAUACAGUGGUGCACAUAUGUAUUGUACAGCUGAUGUAAAUACUGAAGAUCUGUUGUUGUAAAUUUGUAAAGCCACUGUUUGAUUGAAUGUACUGAAGAAACAUGCAGGUCAUACUUCACCAAACAAUGAAGUUAUGUGUUUUGCAUAAAGUAAUUAGGUUUAGUUUUGGACCAUUAUUUUCAUUUCCGCCUCAUUUGCAAUUGAAUGCAAACAAAUCUAAUCUAAAUCUAAGGCUCUACAGUUGAACAUUACAAUUGAAAUACUUUGUUUAGUCUUUGCAUUACAGUAAUGAGAAUGUCAGAAUUUGAGUCCCAAAGUCUUCAUUUUCGUCUUCAUUUUUUCUAUGCAAAAUGUGAACUAAAUGUUGUUUCUCUGAGUUUUGAGGGUGAAGUUUGACCUGAACAUUCUCUGGACAGGCUCUGAAAUCUCAUCACACCUCAGAACGCUUGCUCAUGUAGAGCUCAGAUCCCUUCGUGUGAUUUUAGUUUUUUCUUUUGUAUGAAAAGUAUGACAUCUUGUGUUCAAGAGUUUACAUUCCAAACGGAUUCUUUUCUCGCAUUCCUUCAGUAUAUUGUUUGUUUCGUGUGAUGUGUCUGUAUCUCUUGACACGUCUGUGUUUUGUUGUGUUGUGAAUGAGAGAGUGUACAGUACAGUAGUAAUAUCACUUCAACAGGUUUAUUUUGACAGUUCACGAUCAGAUUGAUCAGGCGGGACAAAAAUAGUAUUGUCUAAACUCUGUUCACAUCAUUGUGUUAACAUGAUGUGUGGAGGUGUGUACUGCACAGCUGCUUGUGACCUGUAGUUCACGUUUGAAGAACAAUGUUUGAUUCAUUAUUCGUAGUGACAUAUUUGUCUUCAAAUGAGCUGCUAGAUCCUAAUAAUACCACUACAUUUUUACGGUGUCAUUUCUGUCGGUUCUUUGUGCCUUUGUUUAUAACAUCAUUCCCAGGCCUGGCUGAGCUCAGUUCAAAUGUACAAACCCAAAAGGAGACGAGCUUUCUCUCAGCUGCACCAUUGUAAUGAGAAUGUUGUAUAAAAUGUUCAUUAAAUCUUUUAAGACUGGGUCUUCA